AUCAGAUUGAUUUAACUUGUUGUGAAAGGCUGUAGCGGUAGAGGGCGCUGUUAUAUGUUUACACGUGACGCUACUUUAUCAAUGGUGAACCUCAACGUUGUUUCUCUGCUCUGUUCAUCAUAACAACAAAAGCUCAUUUUAGAGCGCGGGAAUGUGUGGGAGAACGGCGUGCACGCUCGCGCCGGAAGAGGUAAGUCGCGCGUCUCGGUAUCGGGACCGGGGAGGACAGCCACACCGACCCCGGUGGAAGGAUGGCGACUGUGACAAAUACAGACCGUCGUACAACAAGAGUCCUCAGUCCUUUAGUCCUGUCCUGCUGUCCAACAAACACUUCAACAAGGACGCUCCUGUAGAUGAAUGUGUGCUGGCAGCAAUGCGUUGGGGUCUCGUCCCUGCUUGGUUUAGGGAAAAUGACCCUAGUAAAAUGCAGUACAGCACCUCUAACUGCCGUAGUGAGAGUCUUCUGGAAAAAAAGUCUUAUAAGGAUCCUUUUCUGAAAGGCCAGCGCUGUGUCAUUCUAGCUGAUGGCUUCUACGAAUGGCGGCGACAGGAAAAAGAGAAACAGCCUUUUUUUAUUUAUUUCCCACAAAGCCAAGGAGGACAGGUGCCUAUUCAUCAAAGCAUAAAGGAGGAGAAAAGUUCUGAAAGUGUAGAGAGUGAUGAAGAAGGUAACGAUUGGACAGGGUGGCGUCUACUGACGAUGGCCGGACUCUUUGACUGUUGGACUCCUCCUGGUGGUGGGGAGGCUCUUUACACAUAUACGGUUAUUACUGUCGAUGCCUCACCAGAUAUUCAAAGCAUCCACGACAGGAUGCCUGCUGUCCUGGAUGGAGAUGAUGAAGUAAGACGGUGGUUGGACUUUGGAGAAGUAAAGUCUCUGGAAGCCAUGAAAUUACUUCAGCCAAAGUCCUGCCUGACCUUUCACCCAGUCUCGCCAUUGGUCAACAAUUCUCGCAACAACUCACCAGAGUGUCUUCAGCCUGUAGAUCCAACGGUUAAGAAGACCCCUCAGCCAUCAGCCAGUAGUAAAAUGAUGAUGAGCUGGCUUAAGACUGCAUCACCCACCAAAAGAAAAAAUCCUGAUGAAGAUUCUGUAGCUAAAGGACCUGAAGGAAAGCUUGAAUUAGAGGCGAAAAAGCGGUCUGGGCCUCUCCAGCAAUGGCUGCUUGGAACAGGUUCCAGUAAGAAACCAAGGACAUUGUAAUAAAACAGAAGUAUUAUUAAAGUGUCCUUUCUAAUG